AUGCCGUCAGAGGGUCGGCUGAACGGCUGCAUAAGAGCGGAAACAGUGGAGGACAGAAGUGGACAUAAAAGAAAGGAGGGUCUAGCGCUUGAUAUCGCCCAUGACUGCAACUUCCGUCAUUUUACCAAGCCGAUCGAGUGUCAUCAAUGGCGAAACGGAGUUGCCAAGGCUCCGAGGCGUCGGCAACAGGCUAAAAUGGAGCUCGAGGCUGAACAGACUGAGGACACUGGCCAUCUGGCAAAAAUAUACGCCAAACAGACAGCCCGAAAGAAGAUGCUCCACCGUAGUGACAGACGGAAGCGUCCUGUCAGACACAAGCGAGUCUCAUUCGAGCCUGGCCACAGGCUGUCACAUUCUGGUAUCCAAGACGCUUUAAGCCGAUUACAUCGACUGCUGCGGACGACGGAGAUCUGCAAGCAUCGUACUCAUUGGAUAGGCUUACCAGGUUGA